AUGUUGGUAGGCCACUGGGUCAAGCUGCUGGCGCUGCUGGCCGCUGCUACAUCGCCUGUUCUCGCGUCGUCGCAGUUUGUGACUCUUGAAGAUGUACACGUCCCUCGCGGCUGGGUGCGUCGCGCUGCGGCUGAUCCUAACGAAAUGGUCCCGCUGAGCAUCGCGCUUCGCUCCAAGGCCAACGAGCGCGUCAUCAACAAGCUCAUGCUAACCAGCGACCCUGACAGCGAUGAGUACCUUCAGCAUCUUUCUCGCGAUGAAGUCCUGGACCUCCUCCGCCCGUCCGACAAGACAAAGAACCGCGUACUUCGAUGGCUCAUGAAAUAUGGCAUUGCCGAAGAAGACAUUACCUACAACGCAGCCGGUGAUAUGAUGUACUUUACGACCACCGUGGCUGAGGCCAGCGAGCUGCUGGGCGGCGCAGUUUUCAACAUGUUCGAGCGUCGCGAUACGGGUGAGACGUCCAUUCGCACGACCAAGUAUGCUGUGCCUCGUGACAUGGAGAAGCAUGUGGACUUUGUUGGUGGCAGCACGACCUACUUCCCAAGCACCAAGGCCCAUCGCAGCAUGGCUCGUAUUGUGGACAAGGCUGUGGAGCUGCCAGACCCGGACUUUGGUGUCCAGAAAGAGAAGGCCGGCAUGAUGUUGAACCCUCCUGGCGUGCCUGCCUCAUGCAAUGUUUCGCAAGUGACAUCGCUCUGCCUUCGUGAGUUUUACGGUACAGUGAACUACACUGUGCAAUCGGCCGACUCGCAUAUUGGUAUUGCCGGCUUCCUGGGAGAGAAUGCGAACUACAAAGACCUGGACCAGUUCUUGAAGAAACAACGCCCUGAGGCUUAUGCAGGAAAGGCCACAUUUGACUAUGUGACGCUGGGUGGUGCAAAGAAUGAACAAAACCGUACCAAGGCUGGUGGUGAAGCCAACUUGGAUGUUCAAACCGUGGAAGGUGUGACUUGGCCGAUGCGCACAACGUACUACUUGACGGGCACGAAGCCUCCGUUCCAUAAGGACAGCUUUACCAAAAAGAAUACCAAUGAGCCUUAUGUCCUAUUCCUGGACCACAUGCUCAGUCUGUCGGAAGAGGAGUUGCCGCAAGUGCUUUCGAUCUCGUACGGUGAUGAUGAGCAAACGGUACCUGCGCCGUAUGCACGCCGUGCCUGCACCAUGUUUGCCGCUCUGGGUCUGCGUGGUACCAGUGUGUUUGUGGCGUCCGGUGAUGAUGGUGUUGGUGCUUACGAUGAGGGCGAUGCAUGUGUGACGAACGAUGGCCGCAAGCGCAAGACCUUUUUGCCAUCGUUCCCUCCGUCAUGCCCUUGGAUUACAUCGGUGGGUGCGACGUACAAGUUUGAUCCAGAAGUCGUCACAGUGACGAACUACACAUUCAUUACAUCGGGUGGUGGCUUCUCGGACUAUUUCCCACGUCCAUUCUACCAGGAACAUGCUGUGCACAAGUAUCUCACAGAGUACCAACACGACAAGAAUUAUGGCUGGUUCAACCCGCUGGGUCGCGCCUACCCUGAUGUCUCGGCGCAGGGCUCGCGUUUUGUGAUUUCCGUGGAUGGCAAGUUUGAGUUGAUUUCAGGUACCAGUGCGUCGACACCGCUGUUCUCUUCGAUUGUGGCCCUUCUGAACGAUGCACGUUUGGCAGCAGGCAAGCCAUCGCUAGGUUUCCUGAACCCACUCAUUUAUAAGCAAUUAGGAACCACGUCGGGCUUCCAUGACGUGGAAAGUGGUUCUGCCGAGGGCUGUGGUGGUAUGACAGGCUUCGAGGCGCAGAAGGGCUGGGAUCCGGUGACUGGCUGGGGUACGCCGUACUUCCCAGAAUUGGUCCAGGCGGUGAUGAAGCUGUAA